AUGUGGCUAGCGUACUUGGAGACAACUGAAGCUAUCUACCUGCCCACGCCCAUGCCGCAUGGCGCUCCACCCCGACCCGGUCUGAUCGUGCAGCGCUUCCCCGGCGGCCUUACGUGGUCGCCUGCUAUUGGAGUGCGCGGGUUCAUGCAUACGCAUGCAGCUCGCUGCACUCCCGUUACUAGCAAGAAAAAUAACAUGGCGACCACAACUACCGCUACCACGGAAGCCGAAACAUGGGUCCAUUACCACGACGGCGGAGUCCCUGGUCGCCGCCGCGUCCUCAAAGGCACAGCGGCAAAACCCACAUUUACCGCGCUCCCCAAGAUAGAUUUCCAGCGCAUAUACUCGGACAGUCUCGCUGAUAGAAAAGAGCUGGCGGCCCAAGUCGGCGCUGCGUGUCGCGACAUUGGCUUCUUCUACGCUGUAAACCAUGGAGUCGACGACGAGAUGCUGCAAGAUACAAUGGACGCAUUGAAGCGCUACUUUGCACUCCCCACCCACGUCAAGAUGGAGACGCAUAACCAGAAAACGGACAAGUUUAGAGGGUACGAGGCGUUUUUGGAGGGCAAACUCGAUCCAAGCACGAGGGGUGAUGUAAAAGAAGGCUUCCUCAUGGGCGAAGACUUCACCGACCCAGAGCAACUCUCCCUGCUAACCUCGACGCCCAACCCGCCCACCCACACACCCCGCAACCAAUGGCCUACACAUCCCUCGGCCCUCUUCUGGCGCCCAGCCCUCUACCGCUACUACCGCGCCAUGUUCGCCUUCAGCAAGCGCAUGCUGCGUGUAUUUGCCCUCGCCCUCGACCUCCCCGAAGACGCCUUCGACGCCAUCACCACACACCCCAUGACCAACGUGCGCGCAGUGCAUUAUCCCCCGCAGCAGUGCGAGUCCGACGUCGGGAUAGGCGCCCACACGGACUUUUGCUGGUUCACGCUCGUGUGCCAAUCGCCCACGGCGUAUCCCGCGCUCGAAGUGCUCAACGGCAACGGCGAGUGGAUUCCCGUGCUGCCGGAGCCGCACACGUUUGUCGUCAACAUUGCCGAUUUCCUCAAACUAGUCACGGGCGGCACCUGGCAGAGCACUGUGCAUCGUGUGCGGAAUAUGGGUGGCGAGGAGCGCUAUAGCAUUCCGUUUUUCUUUAGCCCCAAUGAAGAUGCGAGCGUCAGUGUUGUGCGGCAUUUACGCAGCGACGGUGUCGCGUAUGCCGAGUUUGGCGUUGGCGAGUAUUUCCAGAAGAGGCUGGAUAUAGAUCGGAGGACGCAUUUGGAGGGGCAUGCUGGGGAAUGAAGAUGUUUGUGAGAAUUAAGAGAGAGAGAGAGAGAGAGAGAGAGA